UAUUUAUUUAAAAGUCAAAAUUUUAUCAGAUAAAAAUUCGUAAAAUAAAUGAAGUAUUCAAAUAAUCAGCUCUUUCCAGCAAACAUUUAAUUUAUUAAACAUAAAAUUCCAGCUCAACGUGCAAAUAACAUACAGCGUUGUGAAAUCCCAAACCAAGUGUUUCCAGAUUCACUGUUAUAUUCACGAGAUUCUUUUAAGCUUAUUACAGAGAAAUCGCCACACAAAGCCCGUCUUGACCCCGCCGAUAACAUCAGUCAACGUGAUGUGCUUGCAUAUUGAAUUAUAAUUUGCGAAACAGUUUAGUCGUGCUCGGCUAGUGGCACGUUACGAAAGUGUCGUCGGAGAAGAGACAAUUUACCAAAAUGAAGGCAAGGAAUAUAGUUUGGUUACAAAAUGCUUUGUUACUGCAGGCGCUAUUUUUAUCAGCGUCUGUGCGUGCAUAUUCUGCUGACUCAGCGGGCUCUUGUAGUAGCAAUUCAGUGAAAUCUGAUGCGCGUGCAUUUUUCGAACGUGAAAAUGAACUACUACGCCAACGUCGUCGUAAUGAGUUUCUCACCUCGUACGUAUAUAACACAAAUGUCACCGAGGAAAAUCGCAAAGCUAUGAUUGCGGUGGCUACAACAAAUGCUGCCGCGAACAAGGAGAUGACACGUAAUGUAAUUGCAUCGGGAUAUAUUGACUCAACCGAUGAGGAUAUUAAGCGGCAAGCAACAAUACUUGGUGAUUUGGGUAUAGAUGUGCUACCCGAAAGUGAUUAUAAGGAGUUACUCAAUGCAGUGAGUUUAAUGCAGUCAAAUUAUGCUACUACAACUGUUUGCCCAUACAACAAGGAAGGAAAUUGUACGCUGCAAUUGGAGCCACAUGUACAGGAACGUCUCUCGAAUAGUCGUGAUCCAAAAGAGUUGAAACAUUACUGGCGUCAAUGGUAUGACAAAGCAGGCACCCCGAUGCGAGAGAAUUUUAAAAAAUAUAUUGAGUUGACCCGCAAGUCGGCGCGUCUGAAUGGUUAUUCGUCAUAUGCUGAUUACUGGAUUCAUUUCUAUGAAGACCCCGAUUUCGAAUCAAACCUGGAUAAGGUGUAUAAAGCUAUAUUGCCAUUCUACCGCGAAAUACACGGUUAUGUUCGCUAUCGACUGCGUGCGUAUUAUGGAGAUGAAAUUGUGUCUGAGAAUGGAAAUAUUCCAAUGCAUUUGUUAGGCAACAUGUGGGCCCAACAAUGGGACAAUGCUUUGCCACUUUUCACACCUUUUCCAGAAAAGCCGUUCUUGGAUGUGACCAGCGAAAUGCAGCGUCAAAACUUCACAGUACGCAAGCUCUUUGAGUUAGGUGAUCAAUUUUUCAAAUCACUCGGAAUGCGUGCGCUACCGCCAAGCUUUUGGGACUUAAGCGUGCUAACACGGCCAGCAGACAGAGAAAUAGUUUGUCAUGCUUCUGCCUGGGAUUUGUACCAGGACAGUGAUGUGCGUAUUAAAAUGUGCACUGACGUCGACACACACUAUCUGUACGUGGUACAUCACGAACUUGGCCAUAUACAGUACUACUUACAAUAUGAAAAUCAACCGACAGUUUACCGCGCAGCGCCAAAUCCCGGCUUCCAUGAGGCUGUCGGCGAUGUUAUUGCGCUUUCGGUCUCCACGCCCAAACACCUGCAAGCCAUCGGUCUCUCAAACGUCGGCAAGUUGGAUGAUGAAAGUCGCAUCAAUGAAUUGUUCAAGAAUGCGCUCAAAAAAAUCGUGUUCUUGCCUUUUGCCUACACUAUGGAUAAAUACCGUUAUGCUGUGUUCCGCGGCGACGUGGAAGAACCGAAAUGGAAUUGUGCCUUUUGGCAAAUGCGUUCAGAGUUUUCGGGCGUCGAGCCACCCGUACGUCGCACAGACCAAGAUUUCGAUCCACCAGCAAAAUAUCACAUUGAUGCUGAUGUUGAAUACUUGCGUUACUUUGCAGCGCAUAUCUUCCAAUUUCAGUUUCUUAAAGCGAUGUGCAUAAAAGCUGGUCAGUAUGUGCCGGGUGACCCAGAAAAAACAUUAGACAAUUGUGAUAUUUAUAACAACAAGGAAGCUGGUGAAGCAUUUAGCAAAUUUCUUAAAUUGGGCGCGUCGGUGCAUUGGAAAAAGGCGCUAAAGGAGUUCACAGGUGAAACUGAAAUGGAUCCAUCUGCACUGUUGGAGUACUUUGAACCACUCAGAAAAUGGCUGCAAGCAGAAAAUCAACGCUUGAAAGUGCCACUCGGUUGGGGCGAUACUGAUAAAGUUGCAGGUGACUGCUGUCCAGCUUUCAGCACCUAACAUUUAAUGAAAGUCAGCAUUGAAGAGAAUUGUAAAAUGACCAAUGUUUGCUUAUGACAAAUACGAACUCGUUUUGCUUAAGAAGUGAAACCGUAGAAAGCCUUCAUCGUAUACAACUUCAACAUUUUUAAACGAAAUCAAAAUAUUUUUUUAAACAAUUUGCAUUUUUUAAUACAAAUUUGACAGUGUUUUGUAAUCUUAAAAAGCUGUAUAAACAUUAAACAAAACAAUUCAACCUUCAGCUCAUAAGGAAGUCUUAAUAAAGCUGUUUGCUAGCAUUGUAUUUGACACAA